UUGUGUAUUUACUCCAGCCCAGCAGGUGGCAGUAACACGCUGGUUGUCAACAUCCAAAGCCAAGUAGAACAACGAGACAGCGUCAGCACUGAGCAUACUUUGCUGGAAGUUGGUCAACUGCUACAGCUUGAUGCUUCCCAGCGUCCUCCGCUGUGCUCGGCCCGUAUCCUCCCAUCCUGCUUUAACCCGUCCCUUUGCCCACUUCAGACCACAUAUGGACCCAGACCCCAGCCGGCCCGUUCAAAGGGCUAUCACAACCAAACUGACCAACGCGCUGAAGCCAGACCACUUAGAAGUCCAAAAUGAAAGCCACAUGCACGCUGUGCCCCCCGGUUCGGAAUCCCAUUUCCGUGUCCUUGUUGUCAGCUCCAAAUUUGAGGGCCUGCCGCUGAUUCAGCGUCACCGUCUGGUUAACGAAGCUUUGAAGGAGGAGUUAAGUAGCUGUGUUCAUGCACUGGCGAUCCAAGCAAAGACUCCUGAGCAGUGGCAAAGUAACCCUACCGUGGCUAAGAGUCCGCCCUGCAUGGGAGGUUCGAAAGGUGAUCACACAGUGGAGGAGAAGUUAAAGGCUGGGCGAGAAUGAAGUGUUGGACUGUGAAGUAGUUUCACUGUGCUGAGGGACUGAAAUGUGAAGACUACAGGAAAAUACUUGACAAGUAUAAAGAGCAGCAUUUCCUCUUUUAUUUGGAGAUCAUUUUGUUGUGGUCUUAUUUCUAAAUCUUUUCUUUAAUUCAUUAAUAAUGCAAAAUUUGGUUUGAAUGGUUCUGUUGUUAUAAAACUGCAUAUAAAUUAUAUGAUUUUAGAUGGUCACAGGUGUUUUUAUCAUCCAGGUGCUGCAUGAAUACAAUACAGGGAUGCACUCUUCUUCUUUAAUAAGCUACUGUAUGGUUUUAUUUUUGUUUGAUUUGUGCUCAUAGCAUUUAGUGAUUUUCCUGAAAUCUAAAUUUCAGGAAAGCCCCUAUUUGCCUGUAUACUUGCAUUUACUUAGUCACCUCUUAGAAUAAAGCAAUGCUUGCAUUGCUGUGAGUGGCAAUAAAAAGUUCCAUUUGUGAGACUUGAUAAUUAAAA